GCUAGGGUCUGCAACUUCUCUUUUCUUUUUCCCCUCCUUCUCCCUUUCCCUCUCUUUCCCCUUCGCGCCGUCACCGCCCGGACCACCACAAUCGCCCCAUUCCGGAGAGGUUCACCGUCGGCCGGCGUCCUAGGCCCUUAUUCCGGCGUCAGCGCGAAACUCUCCUACCUCAAGAGAUCCUUUGUCGCUGGCGAAGAAUGGGUUAAAGAAUUCAUUUGUCAACGAAGUACGCUGCCGGGUCACUUCUUUGAUGAUCGAUACUGCCACUAUUCAAAGGUGAGAGAAGCUCAGCUAGCUCAGUACAAUUUCAUAUUGGUUGUUGGGGAAGAGGAAGCAAACACUGGACAGGAAGACAAUGGCCAAGAAGAGGAAACAAAGAAACUCAAGGUAAUUCAAUGCAUGUUCAUGAUGGCUCUUUACUUCACUUUGUUGGUGACAAUUGUAUUGAUGGAUUAGAGAAUUAUUGAUGAUGGAUUUUUGGUUGUCAUGGAAUGUUGGAUUGUUGUAUGGAUUAUUUGUAUUUUUGGUAUGAAUUGAAUGUUUUGGAUCA